GUUCAUAAGGAUGAAGGACAUAAUUGGAGGAGUAUAAUUUUUUCUUUACUAGUGAUCAGCUUUGUUAUAUCCGGAAUCGUUACAGCAAUUUAUUUAUUAGGUUAUGUAGAUGAGCUACUUUAUUGGUCUGGACGGAGAAUGAACUUAGAUGAGUUCCUGCAGCAAGAUGUAGUGCCACAAAGACUGCCUUCUUUAUGGAUAAAUAGUAACAAAUUUGUCUUUCAAUCUGAUGAAGGAGGACUUGUUGUAUUGGACACUGCCACAAAUUCUGUUUCGACUUUAGUGACGAAUCACACUUUACGCCAGAUCAACGUGAUGGGAUAUCAGUGUUCGCAUGAUUUGCGAUAUGUAUUAUUUAAGCACAACGUGAAACAGGUUUACCGCUUAUCGUAUACCGCGUUAUAUACUGUUUACGAUGUAGCAAAUGACCAUCAUACGCCUAUCCGGUUAAAAGAGUCGCCCAAAAUGCAGAGAGCUCGUUUGCAGUAUGUUUCUUGGAUAGGUAAUACAACGGCCAUAGCAAUAGUAGCUGAUAACGACAUAUAUUUAAGACAAUCACCGUCGGAAGAAGAAGAUCAUAGACUUACAUUUACAGGAGAAGAGAAUAUUAUAUAUAAUGGUGUACCUGAUUGGUUGUAUCAAGAGGAAAUUUUUACAACAUUCGAGGCCAUGUGGUUUUCCCCGGAUGGAUCAAACAUCAUGUAUGCAUGUUUUAACGAUACCCUUGUUGGGCAAAUGAGUUUCCCAUGGUUUACGUCAAACAAUAUAUUACCUGCAGGGAAAGAAAAUAUUAGAAAACUUUUUCCCAUCUCGAAACACAUUCGGUAUCCAACGGCAGGCGCUAUUAAUCCGGAAGUAACAUUAUGGGUUGUGAAUAUAACAAAUUUUAGCGAGAUAGAAACAAUUGAAUUAACUAAACCAGUAGCAUUGGAAGGCCUAGAUCAUUAUUUUAUAUCAGCUGGUUGGAUUGGUGCGUCUAGCAAUCAAAUUUCAACAGUGUGGAUGUUGCGGACACAAAAAUUGUUGUUAGUGGCAACGUGUUAUAGUCCAACGUGGAAAUGUGAAGAGCAUCAUUCUGAAAGGGCACCAGAAAACGAAUGGCUGGAUAUAUUACCUCAUCCUAUUUUUGCCCCUGAUGGCGACAGCUUUUUAAUACUGGCAGGUGUUCAGGAAACUGGCACAGAACAUUUCACUCAUAUUAAGCAUGUAACAAUAACGCAACAACGAAUAGCUGUGAUAUCACAUGGGCGCUAUGAGGUAGUUCGUAUUUUGGCGUGGGAUACUUCUAAUCACUUGGUAUACUAUCUAGCAACUCAUAGAAAACGACCUGGUCAACAGCAUUUAUAUGUAGUAAAAGAUCCGGUUAACGAUGAGCUAAAGAGGUCGGAGCCAACUUGUAUUACUUGCGAUCUCAGUGAAGUUUUAUGGAGUAGCCGCUAUUACUACAGUAAUUGUACAUACUUCGAAGCAUACGUCAGUCUACAUUCAGAUUUACUUGCCAAUAAUGGGAAUUCCCACUAUGUUUUAGAAUGUAAAGGUCCAGGACUUCCAUUAGCAGUUGUUCACUCAGCUUCAACACAUAAAUUACUUCAAGUGCUAUUUGACACAAGACCGGCGUUUACAAGUAAGCUACAAGAACUUGCACUACCAACUCAAAGAUCAUUUGAAAUACCUCUACCGCAUGGAACUCGGGCCGCAGUACAAUUAUUGCUUCCUCCAAGCUGGCGCGAAGAGCUGCGAGAUGCGGCUUUUCCAGUUCUUGUAGAAGUUAACGGUAAACCUGGAUCCACAGCAGUUUCUGAAGAAUUUAAGGUAGAUUGGGGUACCUAUAUGUCAAGUCAUAACGAUGUAGUGUACAUAAGACUGGAUGUGAGAGGUGCCAGGGGCCAAGGAAAAAAGGCUCUUUAUCGACACAUCGGCGGAGUUGAAGUACAAGAUCAAAUUGCUGUUUUAAGGCAUCUUCUUGACACAUUAAAAUUUUUGGAUGAAACAAGAGUAGGUGUUUGGGGCUGGGGCUAUGGCGGUUAUGUUACUGCUAUGAUAUUGGGAUCACAGCAAAACGUAUUUAAAUGUGGAAUUUCUGUUUCGCCUAUUACGGACUGGCUAUACUACAAUUCGGUAUUUACCGAAAGGAUUCUGGGUGUACCAUCCGAAAAUUACAAGGCUUACGUAGAAGCAGAUGCUACUCAAAAAGGGAAACAAAUUCCAUCCAAUUCGUAUAUGCUAAUUCAUGGUUUGGCAGAUGUUUCAGCCCCGUAUCAACAUGGAAUACAGUUAGCAAGAGCGUUAACUGAGAUGGGAACGAUAUACAGAUACCAAAGUUAUGCCGACGAAGGACACUCAUUAAACGGAGUACUGGAACAUGCUUAUCGAACCAUGGAAGAUUUUUUGAAGAGAUGUUUAUCGUUAGACUCGGAUGAUGAAAAGCCAAAAAAGACUCUUGUACCAAACGAGUAA